AUGUGUGAUGGAAGGGAUUGGGUGUUGACUAAUGUGUAUGGCCCGAAUUCAUAUAGAGAGAGGGAUACAUUCUGGGGAGAGCUAGCUGCAGUUAGGGGCCUUUGGGAGGGUCAAUGGUGUUUAGGAGGGGAUUUCAAUGUGAUAAGGUACACAAAUGAGACAAACAACCCCAAUCAGUCCAUAACAACUAGUAUGAGACACUUCAACUCCUUGAUUGAGUCCCUAAAACUAAGAGAACCUACCUUGUUACAAGCCUCUUUCACUUGGUCAAAUCUUCAGGAAAGUCAAGUGUGUUCAAAGAUGGAUAGGUUCAUUUUCUCCAUUGAUUGGGAGGAGUUGUGGGGAAACUUAACACUAAAAUCCCUUCCUAGAGUAACCUUGGAGAUCUUCCCCCUAAGUCUCUUCCAAGAAAACCUUAUUGGUGGCCCUACACCCUUUAGAUUUGAGAAUAUGUGGAUGGAAGUUCCAAACGUUAUGCAAAAGAUAAAAGGUUGGUGGUCAGAAGGUGGAAUAAGGGCCAAAGAGAAAGUUGUGAGAUUCUCAAUGAAGUUGAAAAGAUUGAAGGAAAAUGUUAAGGAGUGGAACGAAGAAGAAUUUGGAAUACUCGAGGUCAUAAAGGAGGAAUUAGCCAGGAAAGUAGAGGAAUUAGACCAAAAGGAGGCCCAUAGAGAAGAUCAUGAGAAGGAAGAAAUUUCUUGGAGACAAAAAUCAUGGUGUAAAUGGCUUCUAGAGGGGGAUGGAAACACCAAAAAUUUUCACUCCCUAAUAAAUGGGGGAAGAAGGAAAAACCAAAUCUCUAGUAUAGAGGUGGAGGGAAGAGUAGUAAAUUCAAAGGAUGAAAUUGAAAGGUKCUUUAUGGAUCAUUUCAAGUCAAUCGUUCCCUCUUCUGUUGAAAGCAAUUUGGAAUUAGGAGAAUUACAAUGA